AUGUCAAACAUAGAUGAUAAAACUCCCUGCUCUGUCACCGUCUACAUCCGAUCUCCGCGCCACGUGCUAUACAGAGUCCCGGUGCAGGUGCGACGCGGGAAGAAGCACAUUUAUGAGCCGGAAGUGGUCCCCCUAGGCCCAUACCACCACCGCUGCCAUCCACAACAACAACUAGUGGAGCCACUCAAGGACGAGCUACGAGAUAUGGUUUGCGCCAACAACAAAACCCUAUUCCUGAGCAAGAUCCUUAGGCGGAUAGACGAAAUCCGCCACUUCUACAAUGGAGCAAAUCACUACACCGACGAUGAAUUGGCUGAAAUGAUGCUUCGCGACGCCUGCUUCCUCAUAUGCUACAUGCAAGUAUGCUCUAUGCAAGUCAACGAAACCAAAACCCUAAUUUGCCAGCGUCUGGGGAUGUCUGGGAUGUUGUUCAUGUUCCGCGAUAUGUAUAUGCUGGAAAAUCAAAUUCCGUUAUGGCUCAUCUUCUUAAUACACCCUCACCAAUCAUUAUUGUGCGAGUACUUAAGCUACAACGCGUUCGGGGAUAACAGGAUGACACACCUUCCAUGGGGAAACGGGCGAGGCGAAGAGCCUCUUCACCUUCUAGAAGCUUCACAUCGCACCCAUCUAUGCCUCGUUGAGACCCGAGAAAAUUCAAGUAAUUGUUUGCAGCUUAUCAAGACACAUAAUCAACUAAGGGAACGAAAGACAAGCUCAACAACUCUGUGGCAAGAGAGGAAUGGCCAGUUUAGAUCGGUGACGGAUCUAAAAGCAAAAGGCAUUCAUUUUCGACGAAGUUCAAAUUGCUUGACCAACGUUAAGUUCUUCUCCUUUGCCUUCUACGCGCAACUCCACCUUCCUUUCUUCUACAUCUCCAACAAUAGGAAAGUAUUCUUGUCCAAUCUUAUUGCAUUCGAGAUGUCACCAGAGGCGGCUGAUACAAACUUUGGCGUAACGUCUUAUGUCUAUUUCAUGAAAACGCUAAUCAACAACGCGGAAGAUGUGAAGGUGUUGAGGGAGAAAGGCAUACUGUACAGCCUGUUGGCGAGCGAUGAAGAGGUGGUUGAAAUGUUUAAAAGCAUUGAUACUUAUGGAUUCUCGAACCGGGACCUUUUUCUUGCCGUGACGAUGAGGAUUGAGGAGCACUGCAACAACAAAGGGAGGAUAUGGAUGGCCGACCUCAUCAACACCAAACUUCGGAGCCCAUGGACUGUGAUAGCUCUCGCCGCCGCCACUUUUUUGCUCUGCCUCACCUUUCUUCAAACUUACUUCACAAUCCAUCGACGCAGUUGA